AUGGAGCUGCUCGUUCGAGGCGCGCGUCUUGGCCAGGGGGGCCUACCACGCUCUUCUCCGUGGCUGUCUCAGAGUUGCCGAGGGCUCCGUGACUUCCCCAUCAAAAUUCUGUGUCGCAACCAGAAGUUCAUCCGCAAAGCUGCCGGAAGUUACUACGAGGUGGAGCGCGAGUGGAAUUUGGGCAUCGUGCUUAAACCUUCUGAGGUGAAGUCGCUGCGGGACCGGAACGCCGAUCUCUCCACCGCCUUUGGGGCUUUCUACAAGCACGAACUGUUCCUGCACGACCUGAGUAUUCCAGUAUGGCGGCAUGGACUCAUCGGCCGACCUGAGCCGACGCGAGUGCGUAAGCUGCUGGCAAACCGCUCCGAGCUCAAGAAACUGGAGGAGUUUGCCAAUCGACCCAAUGCUCAGCUGAUUCCGAUGCGGAUUGAAGUGGGCAACACCGGCUGGAUCAAGGUUAUCUUGGCGGCGUGCUUCAAGCGGGGCCAAGUGGACAACCGCCGGCGCGACGACCAACGAGAAAUCAAGCGCCAGCUGCGCGACUGGUAA